ACGCCGUAGCGGGACGGGGUUCAGUCAGCUGCGGUAAUUCAGGGGCACCGAGCGGCUUUGGACCGGUGAACGGAUUUAUUUCGUGGUUAAAAAUAAAUAUAAAAUCAAUCGCAGCGACUGAGAUCAGACUUUCGGAUAACAAUUGGAGGACGAGUCUGUGAUGCCCGACGAGGCAGCCUCAGAUGGGAUACACGGGGUCCGUUUUUUGAUUUCACACUUUCAGCUGAAGAACGAAGUCGUCUUAGAUCUUCGUCUCCAGCAAAUGAUAGCAUGGUGAACAAGAACCCUCCCAUCUGGGUCCUAGACCGUGAGGACCAGCUGGUCCACAUCAAUGUUGGGGGCCUGAAGCAGAGUCUAUCCUCCAGCACGCUGCGAAAGUUCCCCGAAACACGCCUGGGUCGCCUACUGACCUGUGACUCUGAGGAAGCUGUCCUGCAGGUCUGCGACGACUACGAUGUGCAGCAGAAAGAAUUUUACUUUGACCGCAAUCCAAGACUCUUCCCAUAUGUGCUCCACUUCUACCACACCGGCAAGCUGCACAUCAUGGAGGAGCUGUGCGUCUUCUCCUUCUGCCAGGAGAUCGAGUACUGGGGCAUCAGCGAGUUCUUCCUCGAUAGCUGCUGCAGCUACCGCUACCACGAUCGUAAGCUGGAGAACCGUCACAAAAGCUGGGAUGAGGACAGUGAUGCCAGUAGCGUGGACACCUCUGUGGAUGAGAUAUCUGACCUCAACAAGGACAUCCAGCUGUUUCAGGAUAUGCGCUGCGGUAACAUGAGGAGGUGCCUUUGGCUCACGCUGGAGAAUCCGGGAUACUCCAUCCCUAGUAAGCUCUUCAGUUUUGUAUCCAUUACUGUGGUACUCACCUCCAUUGCUACCAUGUGCAUCAACAGCAUCCCGGAAUAUCAGCACUUUGACGAGAAUGGAAAGUUGGUAGAAGACCCCACCAUGCAGGCCCUUGAGGUCUUCUGCAUCUGCUGGUUCACCUUUGAGGUGGUGACACGCAUGCUCCUGGCACCCAACCGGAAGAAGUUCUUCCUGCACCCUCUAAACAUGAUCGACAUUGUGUCCGUGUUGCCCAUCUACAUCACGCUCCUGUUCGACUUGGUGGCCAACAGCGACAUGGAGCUUGGAAACGUGGGGAAGGUAGUGCAGGUCUUCCGCCUCAUGAGGAUUUUCCGGGUUCUGAAACUCGCCAGGCAUUCCACAGGCCUCAGGUCCCUUGGUGCCACAUUGCGGCACAGUUACCGGGAGGUGGGAAUUCUGCUGCUCUACCUGGCCGUGGGCGUGGCAGUCUUCGCAAGCAUGGCAUAUACCGCCGAAUAUGAGGAAGAUGUGGGUAUGGACACCAUCCCUGCCUGCUGGUGGUGGGGAACAGUCAGCAUGACCACGGUGGGCUAUGGUGAUGUGGUCCCUGUCACCGUGGCCGGCAAGCUGGCCGCCUCCGGCUGCAUCCUGGGUGGCACGCUGGUGGUGGCGCUGCCCAUAACGAUCAUUUUCAACAAGUUCUCCCACUUCUACCGCAAGCAGAAGGCCCUCGAGGCCUCCGUGCGUAACAGCAACAGGAAGAGGUCAGCCACAGCACAGGUGGAGGUGGACGCUGGGUCGGACGGAGACAGCCAGUGUUUGGAAGAGCUGGAGGAUGAUGAGGAAGUGGUAGACAGGCGGGAGGAAGAGGGAGGGGUGGUGAACUACAGCUAUGUUGACCAUGCGGUUCCUGCUGAAAGAUCGCCCGUAGUGAGAAGAAAGGAACUUCUGAAAGCCUGAACUCCUUCUCCGCAGCUCCAAAGAGCCAAAGACACUGUUCAACCACUGAGAUAAAACAACCCCAGGAUUUCUUU